GAGAGAGGGGGAGGGCUGGAGUGGAUGUGUGAUUCUCCGCUUCAUUCUUCUCCUGCCGUAGUUAUGGAUAUGGAGUCCUCAUAUGAGCAGUGACAGUGUGAACAGACAGCAGACAAGAGCGUCAUGAGCACUGAGAUCUCCGAAAAAGCGCGCAGUGUUCUGCAUGAUGCUGGGGAGGAGAAGGAGGUGAAGGAUAAGAAGACAGCUGUGAAGGAGGAGCUGUCUGAGGAGCAGGAGCUGAAGGAGUUGAGAGCUCAAGUGCUACAGCUUCUGCUUGAGCUGGAACAAACUCGAGACAUUUCUCAGAAACAUGAGGAGAGCUUCCUGGAGCAGCAGGGUCUUCUUGAGGAUGAGCGUUUAGCUAGUGCUCAUCAGGCAGAGGCCUUCGCAAGACAGAUCCAGCACCUGCAAGCCCAGCUUCGCUCUAUUCAGGAGGAGAUGGACAGUCUAGAGGAGGAGAAGGAGAGUGAGCUGUUGGAGGCACAGGAGGAGCUGCGGACAGCACAGGAGGAAGUGCUGGUGCUGCAGCAGGCGGCGGAGGAAGCUGCGGCUGAACGGGAGAACGACAUUGCCUGUCUGCAAGAGGAGCUCUGCAGGUUACGAGCUGAGAUCUCUCAAAUUGAGAACACAGGACAAGAGUAUGAGCUGGAGAUCGUAACACUCAGAGCAGAAAUCGAGAUGAAGAGCCAAAGACGGCAACAGCAGAGGAGGGAGGGUGAUGUGGGUCAGCUGAUGGAUGAAUAUAACAGUCUAAAGGAGCAAUGUCACUCACUGCAGCAUGAAAACACGAGGCUGACAGACAGACUACAGCUGCUGCAAAGGAAAAGUUCAGGUGGUGCAUUCCUCACUCUUAAAGAGGAGCAGGAAGAGAUAGAGGAAGGAAAAGACAUGCAGUGCGGCACAGAAACAGAAGCUGGAAGCUCCUAUAUGAGCGUGAAUCAGAUGAGCUCCAGCAGCAGGCUGGUGGAUGCUGGGAUACAGAAGAACAUCUCAUUUGAGGGCAAACCUGUCACCCCUACCAGCUGGACGGGAGGAUUCUCAGAGAUACUCUCCCUGAGAGAUCAGCUCAAACAGACUGACGAGAAGGCAACAUAUGUGCAGAGAGAGUGUGAUGGACUAAAGCAUGAACUACAAAAGCUGCGGAAAAUGUAUGAAACCAGUCAGAAGGAGCGAGCCGAGCUGGAGCUGGAGUUGUUACGCUGCAGGGAGGAGCUGGAGAAUGCUGCUGACAGCAAAGAGGAAUGAUGCUGAUAAUAACUGUUGAUUUGUUGCUGGUGGUCUGAAAUGUAUCCUAGAGAGCAGAGGGUACCAUCUGAAUAUAAAACAAUUGAUUAUGUUUUGUCUGAGUAAUAAACUAAUAAAACGUGGAUAUUGGAUGUUAUUUACAAUGUUCUCUGAUGUACAAAUAAUUAAGUCAUUUUAAGCUCUAUAAAGAUUUGACUAAAUUAAAAUGUAUUUUGUGUUUUUAAGGCAACAUGUUGUUCUUUAUUUAUGUUGACAAUUUAAUAUAAUAAAAUAAUCUUGCUAUGAUUGAUUGAGUGAUCUAGGGAAAUGAUAAGGAUUUAUUCUGUGCAGUGAUAUACACAUUGUUUUUUGCUCUCCAAGCAAUGACCUUUCACCUUCUGUAUAGUACUCUAAUAAUUUGUAUAUUCUCAUAUAUUUCUAAUUUAAUUUAGCAAAUGUUUUAAUGAUGUUUGGUUCAAGUCAUUUAUUCAUUUAGCUUCUGAUUGUCUUGUGUUUUAAGAUUAUUUUGUAUAUUUCGAUAAGCAUAUAGCCAAUUAAAUUAAUUUGUUAAUUAAUUGAAUUGAAGUGUAAAAAGUAUUAAUUGCAACAGACCAAUAGGCCACAGUUGAGGCAAUCUAAAACAAAAAAUCCUUACACAAGACAAUGGACAAUAUACGGCUGUAUUUAAUUUAUACAUUCAUAAAUGGGUGUUAUUGUGCUGUUAUUCUCAAAUCAAUAUGUGAAAUGAACAAAGUCAGUGUCCUUUUUUAUUGUGAUUUAAAUGAAUACUUCAUCUGGUUAUUUGAUAUAUGGUGUAUUUUAUUAAUGCCAUUGAGUGUCAAUAACUGCCAUAAACUGUCCAUCUAAUUUUAAAGUUAGCUGACAGAAGUUCAGUAUUUUUUUAUGAUGCAUGUUACAGCAUGUGGCAACACUAUAAAGUGCCAUAUGAUUGUAUAUAGAUUUCUACAUUGAUCUAAGAAGAAUGUGUUCAUAUUUGAACUUCAUGUCUAUACAGAGAAAGAGAUGUAUAAUUUGAAAAUGUAUCUGGAUUUCUGCAUAUUGCCCCUAGAAUGUAAGCUCAAUCUCGUUUUAGAAGCUGCAAUAUUUAGGCAAAGGAAAAUAUAAGCUGUAAAUACAGGACUAUAAAGGAAAAUCCCACAUGUCUCUGAGUCAUGCUGGCACCAUGCCAUAAAACAUAAAAACCUGACCUCCGUGAAGUUGGAACUCCAUGUAUUUAAAUAAUCACCAAAACUAUUCCAUUCGUUUGUGCUGUUUGUUCCGCAAAAACGUUGUAACUAUUUCUCUUUCUUGGAUAUAUCAAGAAUGUUUUCAGGAGCGGAGACGUCAUUCUCCACCCCAUGUUGUCUAAAUCGCUCCAAACCGGUGUUAUUUGUUUGUGCUCGAUUUGUGCCAGUUUGUGCUGUUGAAAAAACAACCUAACUAAUUCUAUUACAUAGAAAUAACAACAUGAUCUCCCGGAUCUGUGACAUCAGUCAUGCAUUUACCUCAUCUCGUCCAAUGCGCUAAUUUUCUGACUCGUUCGUUUGUGCUCGCUCGGUGCAGGUUUCUUACCAUUGCUAUCAUUGUUUUUUAUUUUUUUUAUAUUGACAGUUUGAUCAUUGGCAGUAACUUCAAGCUUCAAAUCCAAAUCACAUAUGCACAUAUACCCAUUAAACUCUCCGUGCAAAUCACAUUUUCAAGCCAAAUUAACCUGGACAUGCAUGAAUAUGUUUUCUUUGCUGAACACAAAGCUGAAUUAAAAAAAAAAACAUAGAUUUAUGUUUCAUAUAAAUUUUAUUAGCCUUAUAAAUCAAUUAAACAAAUUAACCAUUUGAUAUUAUGACAUCACAACAAAUAUGAAAUGUUCUUAAAAAUAUCCCUUUCAUGACAAAAGUCUCGUUUGUGGAAUUUACAUUCUAUGUGUUCAAAUAAAUAUAUUAGUGUAAUAUGUUUGUAAUGUUUGUAAUAUUCUAACGUUGUAAUAAUUCUGACCUAUAGACAUGAAAUCAACUGUAAAACACUCAGAAUAUUAUUCUACAGCACAAGACUUGUUUUUUGGGAGAAAAUGUUCAGUAUUUUAUAAAAACCUGCACAAAUCGAGCACAAGUUUGGAGCGAUUUAGACAACAUGGGGUGGAGAAUGACGUCACCACUCCCAAAAACAUUCUUGAUAUAUCUAAGGAAGGGAAAUAGUUACGUUUGUUUUAAUGGCACAAAUGGGCACAAAUGUUCAUUUUUGCAGCACAAAUCAGCACAAACAAACGGAAUAUUUUUGGUGAUUAUUUAAUUAUAUGGGGUGCCAACUUCAUGGAGGUAAAAAAAAAACCUGUUCAAAAAUACAGAAUUUCCUUCAUUCGAGUCACCUGCUGUUUCUUUUCUUUCUCUCUCUCUUUACUUAUAUGCUUUGGAUCAUUGUUACAUGACCCACAUUUAACACAGUGUUACAGUUCCUGAAAUGCAUUCAGGGCUCAAGCUCUUUGGUUUGUUUGAGGAUUGAACAGAUGUCCAUCUGAACUUUUUUUUUUUAAACUAUUUUGUUACCUUUUCCAGUCACAUGAGCUACAGCAACUAUUUUUCUGAUACAAUUUAAUGGUGUUACUGUACUUAAGCAAUAUGGAUUUUUGCAUUAAAAAAGGUGUUCAAAGUGGCCACAUUCUUUUUUUUGUUUUGUUUUUGUUUUAUGUUAUUAUUAUUAUUAUUCAUCUUUACUACAGUAUAUCUCCUAUAUGCUACUAUAUGCUGUUGUGAAGCAGCCCUCCUGGUGUUCAACUAUAAUCUCUACAUUUGUUUUUAACAGACAAAUCCAGUGAUGUUUCAACUCUCUGAAACACACAUACUACAAAAAAGAACAACAUAUCUCUUCUUGAACUCUAAUUUAUGUGAUGACUAACAAUGAAAUUGUCUUUGCUAUGAACACAAGGAAUUGUCCAGUUUAUAGAAUUAUGGACAAACAGAAAGUACCAUUAAGAGUUUGUUUUAGUGUGUGCACUGUUUCAAAGUCAGUCUAUUCCUGAGGCAGAUGAAAAUGUAUAGCCGUUGUAACAUUUUAUGAACCUUAUAAAAUAUAUAUACUAAUAAAAGUCUUUCUAAAAACAUUUAUUUACCCAGCCUGACUCCAAGUACUGUGUAUUGUACAUUAUUCAGGAUUGAUUUUUGAAACUAAAAUGUCUUGUUCCAUAAUAGAAAUGUCAUCAUUAUAACAUAAGUGAAAUUCCAAUUUAUGCUUUUCCAUAAUUUUACUCUUAACUGUAACUUGACAUUUUUAGGUUGUAUUUCAAUGACAUAAUAAAGUAUUCAG